GUCGAAUCGCUUGUACCGCAUUAGCUCGUCGAGUUGCUUACGAAACGCUCAAUGCAUACGGAAGUGAAGUAGCUUAUCAAAUACGGUUUGAGACCACAAAAUCUAAGCGUACAAAAAUGCUCUUUUUGACCGAAGGCUUACUGCUCCGUCAGAUGGAGAACGAUUCUCUCCUUCAGCAGUAUAAUGUAGUAAUACUUGAUGAGGUUCAUGAGCGUCAUUUGAGUAGUGAUUUGCUGAUUGGGCUCCUCCGUGAUUUGAUUGGAAAGCGAGAUGAUCUAAAGCUCAUCCUCAUGUCUGCAACUAUCAAUUUGGAGCUGUUCAAAAAUUACUUCGAAGGAGCUCCUGUUAUUCAGGUUCCAGGGCGUCUUUUUCCUAUUCAACUUCGAUAUCACCCAAUCAAACAGUAUAUACCCGAUAAUGAAAAGAAAAGUCAUAAGAUCGACCCGGAGCCAUAUGUUAGAAUUCUCGAGCUCAUUGACAAACAGUUCCCCUGUACGGAACGCGGAGAUGCUCUCGUGUUUUUGAAUGGAGUAGCUGAAAUAACUACUGUAGCUGAAGCUCUAAAGACGUACGCAGAACUCACAAAGGGUUGGGUUAUCCUUAUGCUGCACAGCACAUUGUCGGUAGACGAACAAGAUAAGGUGUUCGACGUUGCUCCGCCAAAUGUAAGGAAAUGCAUCCUUUCAACGAACAUUGCUGAGACAUCGGUGACUAUCGACGGAAUACGUUUUGUAAUAGAUUCCGGAAAGGUAAACUUGAUUAAACAUGAAACUGGUAGCGGAACUCAGAAGCUGAGUGAGUUCUGGGUAUCAAAGGCUUCAGCCGAUCAGCGCAAAGGCCGUGCUGGACGUACAGGACCGGGUAUAUGUUAUCGUUUGUAUUCUGAGGAGCAAUAUAAUAAAAUGGAUGACUUCACAACAUCAGAAAUCAAUCGCGUUUCCUUGCAAGAGAUGGCUCUCCGGAUGAUAAGUCUAAAUCUUGGACGUUCGUCAUUUACAUUCCUUGAAAUAUAA